AUGGACGCCGACGACGAGACCGUCGCGCUCAUUCUACAGCUCCAAUCUGCAGAUCUUGCCUCGCUACUCGCUCCUGCAGAGUGUGACGGUAACGACAACAAUGAUGCCGCUGGCGACCGGGCGUACGCGCAUCAACUUUACCAAGAGGAGCUUGAGGCGCAAAAGAUAAUACUCUCAGACCGCAGGAUGGGAAAAAGCCUAACGCGAGCCGUCCAGACCGACCAACGCACCAUCACCGCCGCAACAGAGGAAGAGGAAGCUGCAACCAGGGAUCACGACCUCGCUCGCUCUAUGGGAGGGCUUCCUCGUCGGCCUAAAACUAAGGCACCAGCAGCGACGAUACCAGAAGCGCCAGCGCCACCAGCAGAGGAUGCAUUCGCUGCAGCUUCAUCUCAUUCAGCCAACGACAACGACAAAGAUGAUGGCAAAGCAAUCGCCGAAUCAUCUGCCCAGGGAGCUAUCAAAGGCAAGGGCAAGGGCCAGGCUUCUGACGGCGACUCACAACCCACCCACCGGCUCUGCAUCUCCUGCUGCACCCAGUGCCCCUUCUUCGACAUGGCAACGCUUCCUGGCUGCCAGCAUGACUACUGCCGCGACUGCCUCGACCAGCUCUUCCGCCUGUCGCUUACCGACGAGUCGAUCUUCCCGCCACGCUGCUGCCGCCAGCCCAUCCCGUUCGACGACGUGCGCGCCCUCCUCUCUGCCGAUACGGCGCGCGACUUUGAGAUCAAGAAGCCGGAGCUCGAGACGCCGGAGCGCACAUACUGCUUCCAGCCCUCGUGCUCGACCUGGAUCCCGCCGGCGGCCAUCUCGGAGGGUGAGCACGUGGGCACGUGUCCCAGCUGCGCGGCUCGGACGUGUUCGGUUUGCAAGUCCAAGGCCCAUGAAGGCGAGGACUGUCCCGAGGACGAGGCGACGCAGUCGUUGCUCGGGUUGGUGGAAGAGAACAAGUGGCAGCGUUGCUACAAGUGCAAGCGCUUCGUUGAGCUGAACACUGGUUGCUAUCACAUUACGUGA